UUAUUCAGUAUUUGCCAGUUGCUAGGAUAACCUGAAUUCUGAAACGUGAAAAGCAUAACUUGUAAAACGGCCUGGCAAGUCACUCCAACGAGUGCAAGGGGUGUUGACCAUGUCGUCCUCCUCACCUACGCUUACAUCAGUCUGUCUCAGUGUCGAGAGCUGGAAUGACAUAUAUCAGAUUACACGUCUCCCUGGUGCUGAUAAAGACUCAGUUUUAGUCACUCUCGGAUGGUAGGACUAGUUGCACAGCCUGCAUGCCCCCAGCAUCUUCAUGAGCGACUCACGUCUGUGGCUGGUCAACACCAACGGCAAUGUCUUCACGCUGUCCACCAAGCACCGGCGCCUGCGCCAACUGGUGAAAACCUACCUGGAUGGGGUGAAAUUGAAACGGCUAGCUGCAUGUCAGAGUGGGGCAUGGGGGAUUGGGCACGACCACCACGUCUACAUAUUUGUGCACUCUACUGAAGUGCCUAUAAGAGUCCAAGAGACAACCUAUGAAAACCAGCGAUGGUCGCCUAUAAGUGGAUUCAGUGGCUCCAACCUGCUCCCAACAGACAGAACCAACUGGAGCGAUGAACACGGGAAUGGCUUCCUCCCCAAGGAGAGUUUCAGUCUUCCGUCCCAGCACUGGGAGUGGGAUGGAGACUGGGAGAUUGAUGAUAACUUCCAGGGACAGAUUGCUUCCAGAGGGGGUUGGCAAUAUGCCACCAACUUCCCUCGGCCAUGGACGCCAGAAAGUACCUGGAAGUCUUGUGUUCGGAAACGGAAGUGGAUUCGUUUCCGCAGAUUCAAUGCAACUGAUGUGUGGGCAAAGAUUUUUGAUGAGAAAAUGAAGGAGUCUGGAGAUUGCUUCAUUGACAUAGCUGUUGGUGGGUUUGACAUUCCAACUCAGGCCAAAGGUCACCUCUGUGUCUGGGGGGUCACACAUACUGGCCAGGUGUAUGUUCGACAAGGGGUCACCAAUGACUGCCCAGAAGGGAAGGAGUGGCGUCCAAUUUCUACUGACAACCAUGGUCUUAUAAACAUCUCAGUUGGACCAACAGGACUUGUGUGGGGGGUAACCUGGGAUGGCCAGUGUCUCGUGAGACUCGGUGUUAACCGAGACCAUGUCUAUGGCACCUGCUGGACCUUGGUGACAUAUCCAGAUGAGUCAACACGCGUGAUGCAGAUCGCUCUUGGUCUCAACACUCUAUGGGCACUCAGUAGAGAAGGCAAGGUAUGGUACCGUAAAGGUAUCCAAGGGACACAACUCCUGACUGGCACGGCGGCAGCUACGGGCAGCACGUGGGUGGAGAUGGUGGGAGAAAUGGCACACAUUGCUGUCACGCCCAGUAAUCAAGUGUUUGCUGUUGGUCUCAAUGAAUAUGAGGUCUACUUCCGGUCGGGUGUGACCUCGAGUGACUUCGGUGGCAAGACCUGGCAGUUGCUGUCUCUGAAGGAGAACACAGCCGUACUUCAACAUGACAGCUGCUCAAGUGUCACGUCCGACUCAAUCGCUGAAUCAGGAUUAGAGGGCUCCAACCGAUACUCUUCCUCCGCAGCAAGUCACAUGACCAGAUAUAUGCGGACCGGCUCGGAGUCAGGGUGGUCAGAGGGCAGCUCAGUGAGAGGAAGCUUGACCCUCGCUACGCCCAUCAAGCAGCCUGCCAGGGAUGAACCAUCAGGUGAAGGUCGUGGCCUCUGUAUGACAUUAGCUACUCCCAUACAGAAGACUUCAUCCGAGCAGGCUGUUUAUGCUGUGCUUCCCACAUCGCAUGCAUCGGGGAUGGAUGCCGAAAUAUCCAAUAAAGCAGGUGAAAACAAAUCUGUGAUACAGGACUGCAGUUCCAACAAUGGAGUAACCAUGGAAACAGAGUCAUCAAGUACUGAAGAUAUAGCAAGAAACAAGUGUGAUCAAGAAACACCCUGUGAUAAAGUAGAUGUAUGUAGUGCCAUUUCACCUGUACAGGUAAGUAUUACCUCCACGGAUCUGGAAACCUCGGAAUCAAAUCUGGACAAUCACCAACCAGGGGCACUUUCUCCAGCUUCUGUGAGUUGUAAACUGUCGCCCAAAUCUGUGAUAAGUUCCUGUGAUAAUUUUGACAGUUUGGGAUCCAGUGUUACGUCGGAAGAAAAUGACGGAAUAAUCAAUUUUGUGACAGACUUACUAUCAGGUUCUUCUGUGACUGAAACAUCAGAUGACGCGGAUUCGAAGGACGUCUCCAGUGAAGAUGUUUCCAAAAGGUUGGAACAAGACAAUAUGUCAGACCUGCAGGACACAAGGGAGAUAACCCACACACCUCACAGGCCGUCAUCCCUGGAGGUGGUGGGUAAUUCAUCCCUGCUGAUUCAUGAUUCAGAGAGCCCUGUAUUUAACCAAGAGGAGAGUACUCCUUGGACAACCAUUGGGCCAAGCACGGGUAUAUCGGGGACCAUCUCAGUGAGGAGCACGCCAUCAAUUGACCAGGAUGUUAUCACAAUGUUUGAGAUGGCCCCCGCAAUGCCGCGGUACUGUUGGGCUUGGCUGAAUGGAAUGGCUUGUGUGUUUGACGAUCCUUCAAAAAUAACUUGGCUGCAAAGUUACCAAGAAAGUGACGAUGCAACGCCCCAGGGAAACAAGACAAAAGUAAAGAUAUCACUGGCUUUGAGGGAUGACUUUCUCAAGAAACUUCACAUCAGAAAUACAAGAGAAGUAGAGAACUUCAAGUUCAUAGAAAGUGCAGUGCAAAGGACAUCUUGGCUGAAGAAGAGCAACAUGAAGUGGUACAUGUUUGGGAAGCGGCCGCAGUGGCUUGAUUGUUCUGUUGAACUGGAGCAGGGCCACGGAGAUACUGAGGAAGGCUCCCUCACUAUACACUACGCCUUCAAGGGAAAGCCCAUGCACUCCCAGAUCUGCAUCCAGGACAUUGUGUGUGUGAAGCAAGUGAGUGACUACCUGGAGCGGACUACCGUCGUCCUCCACACCACGGACACAGUCAAGUCCCUUCAGCCCUGGCUCCUCAAACUUACAUCAGAAUCCGAGGUCGAGGACUGGGUGUCCUUGCUGUGUACAGUGAAUGCCAUGAGGUGGAAACUCAAUCAGCCGGUUCCUCAAGGAUCGGUGUGGUCAACUACGAAGAGGGGAGACAUCUUUGUCCACCCUCCUGACAAGGUGCAUGUCAAAGGUCAUGAGAUGCGCUGGAUGCAGCAGGGUGGGCACUUGAAGCUCCUGGAGACGUCCCUGUGUGGGAUAACUUGGGGCAUCGGAUACGACCACUCCGUAUGGACCAACACUGGUGGAUAUGGUGGAGGGAUCUUUAAAGCAACGUCUCACUUGUCAAAGGAAGUGUUCCUGCAGACUGACAUGAGGACUGUGUUGGUCUACGAGAACCAGAAAUGGCUGCCUGUGUUUGGCUACUCCAGUAGGGGGGUGGUGAUGGAGGGCUACAGUUGGAGUGAUAAGAUGAGUCAGAGACACGACAGCAAGGAGGAAGUGCAGCUUCCCUCAUCACGCUGGAAGUGGGUGAGUGACUGGCGGGUUGACUACGAAGUGGAGGGGGGAGCUGACAACAAUGGCUGGCAGCAUGCGUCCAGCUUCCAGAGGCCGUUUCACCAAGGCCAGGGAAUGAGGGACGGUGUCCGAAGAAGGAAAUGGACAAGAAAAUGUAAGCUGGAGACUGUAGGACCAUGGCAGCCGUGUGUCUCUGUGCCGCUGAUUGACGUGUCGGUCCAGGUGGAACCAGUGAUGUCGUCAAGUGAACCUGUGGUUCUGUGGGCAGUUGGCACGAAUGGAAAUGUGUUGACCAGGCUAGGGGUUACCAUGGAGAAUCCUCAGGGAGACAGCUGGAUCCCUGUAGCUACAGACCAGCCGUUCAGAGCAGUAUCAGUUGGAGGAACAUACAGGGUGUGGGCCCUAGCAAUGGAUGGAUCAGCUUGGUACAGGCCGGGGGUCACCAAGUACAACAUAGCAGGCACCUGCUGGCUGCAAGUGGUGCCCCCUCCCCCUCCUGGCUGCCUGCUGAAACACAUCUCGGUGGGGACAACGGCUGUCUGGGCCGUCGACACGCGAGGUAACCUGUGGUACCGGCAGGAAAUUACAGAAACAUUCCCCGAGGGAACGCGAUGGGGGUAUGUGUCCAACAGCGUCAAGUUCGUGUCAGUGGGACCCCAAGACCAGGUGUGGAUCGUAACUGACAGUAACUUCAUGAAGAACAAGAGAGGCCCCGGUGUUAUCUAUCGACGUGUGGGUAUCAGCGAUGUCUGUCCCACAGGAACCAGCUGGGAGAUAGUGAUUGGGAGUGGCUGGGAAUAUGUAUCUAUACGAGGGCAGUACGAGCCUGAGGAAGAACCAGAAGACCUUCCCAUUAAGGAACCCUUGUGAAACCGGACUACAGUGGCUGCGAACUGUGCAAUAUCAAGGAACUGACGUGUCUUAUGUCAUCUUACACAUAUACUCAUGGAAAUAAAUUAGGAGACCAAUACCAUUAAUGCAGCAUAUUGCUUCCUUUUCAAUCAGUCUGCUUCAUAUGUCAACAGUCUGUGCUGAAAAGUAGAAAAUGUCAUCAUGUGAAAUAUCUGCACUUGGCGUGUUGAUAUGGGUAAAGUAUCUGUGUUGAUCUUAGGGUGGGUACAUCACACACAUGCUCUCCCCCAUGUCCCUUUAUUUCUUUCCUUCAGUAUAUAUGGACCAUAAUAGAUAACUAUUGAAAUUGUUGAUCCAGUGUAUCGGUACAUAGAUCCAUUCCAAAUACCGUGGACCCAAGUCGACAACCAAUCAAACUGCAUCUUCUGAAUGAAAGUAUAGCAUAGAUCCAUAUUCAAAAUGGCUGCUUUGUACACGCAAGUUCUUAGCGUAAUUAAUUUUAUGAGAGUUAUGAAUGAAUUUUGGUUUGAAAGAUCUUUCCCUGAGAAUUGAUAAAGGUGGAUUGGGUCUUCAUGCUUCCAGAUGUUUUCAAUUGUAUUUGAGACAUACCUAACAAGACCAGUUAAGUAUUGGUAAAAACGAACGCAUAUUUCAAUUAUGUAAUUUCAACAUGUAUUAUCAGUUUACAUUCAAACCAAAGUUAAGGAGGUGAACGGUUCUUCUGUUGUCAAGGAGACAGUCUACAGUGGAUUAUGAAGGAUGCAUGUUUGUGUACAUGAGAGGAUAUGAUGGUAUGAUGAGAUUUGACAUUCCAUGCCCGCUUAAUAAGGCUGGGACGAGUCCAAAUUUACUACCCGCGUACCCACCCUCCCUAUGACCAGACCCUACCUGGGUACCCGAUGUAGGUCUUAAGGUUUGACCGUACUCCUGUCAAAAUGUAUUUGGAUACACGUAUAAACCGGUCUGGUCAUGCAUACACUGAAGUUGACUGAAGUUUUA